CUUCGUCUGAUACUCCAAACUCUUCCAUACCAAGGCUCCAGUUCCAUCUCGAACAACCCCUGCAAACCCAAGUCACGUGCUAUCGCGUCCCUCGCGUCGCGUAAACUGCGCUCACGUAUUUACGAUGGACAUCUACCACUGGCGUCGCCAGAUCCCACGCAACCGCUUCUACGACAUGUGGAACAAGCCCUUCAAGCCGCCGUCGAUGCGGCCACGGCCGGUGGAGGCGAAGAAGCCGCGGUCUCGAGACGACGGGGUGGAACGCGUGGAGGCUACGCCGUCGCCGCCGGGGAGUCCUGUGGGAGGGAAGAAGGGGAUUAAGGUGUGGGAGCAUCCUGCAGCGGGGGCCGGGAGACCGUUGUCGCAGGCGUCGGCGGCGGUGAAUGUGCCGAGGAAACCGUUGGUGGUUAAGCAGGGAUAUGGGGGGGGGGGAAAGAAGGGGGGAUUUGAUGAGGAUGCGCCGAAGGGGUAUUAUAAUGUUAUGUGGCGCAAGUAUAGUACGAAGAAACACAAGACGUGGGAUGGGGAUGGGGUGCUGCUCGUGUGGAAUGGGAAGGCGAGGUUGGUGGACCUCGAGGCGAGACAGCUGGCUGAGACGAGGUGUUAUGAGACGUUCCUGCCGGAGAGUACGCUGAAUAUUGGAGGGAGGGAGGUGGAGAUUGUGUCGCUCAUCCCACGAGAAGAUUAUUACGCUGGCAAGCCGUUCACAAAUACGGCGCAAGUAUCUGCGCGGCCGACUACGGUGGAAGGGCCGACACCGAAACAGGUACCGAGUUUCCAGCCGUUGAAGCGCAAGUCGGGCGAUAUCGAAGGCUCGAGUAGGAAUAAGGCGAUUAAGGUGGAGGAUGGAGACUCUCCUGGCGCGGCGCCGGCGAAGAACUUUUAUGGCCAGUCGUCGCUCAAGCAGGAGUUUAAGAGUCCUGUGGUUGCGUCGACGGUCGUGCCGCAGGGGAAGAAGGGGGUGCCUACUCCGCGCCAUGAUCCGCGCGCGCCGGGGGCGUUGGUUAUGAAGCGACCCAAGGAUUGUCCAAAAGGAAAGCAGAUAGUCGAUGUUGUCGUUGACCCUCUGCUCGCGAAGAAGCUCCGGCCGCAUCAGCGGGAGGGCGUGAAGUUCCUUUACGAGUGUGUGAUGGGGCUUCGCGAUUAUGGCGGGGAGGGGGCGUUGCUAGCCGAUGAGAUGGGCCUGGGUAAGACGCUGCAGAGCAUUGCUCUUAUCUGGACGUUGCUGAAGCAGAAUCCGUAUGGGGGUGGGGGUGUGAUCAAGAAGGUGCUGGUGGUGUGCCCGGUGACGCUCAUUGACAACUGGAAGAAGGAGUUUAGGAGCUGGCUGGGCAGUAUUAAUAUCGGCGUUAUGGUUGCGGAUGGCAAGAUGAAGAUCACGGACUUUACGCAUGGUGCGAGUUAUAGCGUGUUGAUUGUGGGGUAUGAGAGGAUGAGGGGUAUUGCUGAAGAGUUGGGCCAGGGAGCGGGGGUUGAUCUUGUUAUUGUCGAUGAGGGUCAUCGGCUCAAGAAGGAAACCAACAAGGCCGCCCAGGCUAUCAAAGGUCUCUCAACGCUCAAAAAAAUCAUCCUGUCUGGGACUCCCUUGCAGAAUGAUCUCACGGAGUUCUUCGUUAUGGUUGAUUUUCUCAACCCAGAUCUUUUCAAGUCGGCCAGCUCCUUCAAGAAGAAUUUCGAAACGCCAAUUCUAAGGAGUAGACAACCUAAUGCGAGUGAAAGGGAAAGGGAGUUGGGUGAGGCGAGGCAAGCUGAACUCUCCGAAAUGACCCAGCAGUUCAUUCUUCGAAGGACGGCCGAGGUCCAGGCGCAUUUCCUCCCACAGAAAACUGAAUUCGUGGUCUUCUGCAAGCCAACCACGGCACAGGCGCAGAUAUAUGAGGAGAUACUGGAGUCUCCUGCGUUUAUGGGUGCCCGUAAUGGGUACAAGGCGGCUCAAGCACAGGCUUUGGGGCUAAUCAAUAUUCUGAGAAAAGUAUGCAACUCUCCUCAACUGCUUCUCCCAUCGAGCAAGAAGUCGGCAGCGAAGCGUGUAGGCGAGGAUGCAGAAGACGCCGUGGAGGGUAUCUCAGAAGAAAGACUAAAGGCGCCCCUCCUCGCCACAAGCACGAAGAUGCGCGUCCUCGACGGCCUCCUCAAAGCCAUCGCCGAAGACCCGCACAACACCAAAGAGAAAGUCGUCAUAGUCUCCAACUUCACCGCCACGCUUGACCUCCUCCAAAAACACCUUGCGCAGCUCAGCCUUCCCCUCCUCCGCCUCGACGGCGACACGCCCACCAACCGGCGCCAGGACAUCGUCAACGAAUUCAACAAGACAUCUGCCAGGAAGAACUUUGCGCUGCUCCUCUCCGCUAAAGCUGGCGGCGUGGGCCUAAACCUCGUCGGCGCCUCGCGUCUCAUCCUCUUCGAUGUCGACUGGAACCCCGCGACGGACCUGCAAGCCAUGGCGCGCGUCCACCGGCCCGGCCAGGAGAAGCCGACUUUCAUCUACCGCCUUCUCAUGGCGGGCGGUAUGGAUGAGAAGAUCUACCAGCGCCAGCUUACGAAGAAGGGACUUGCGGAUAGUAUUGUAGAUAAUAAGAAGAACGGGGCUGUGUUCUCGGCUGAUGAAUUAAGAGAUCUCUUCACACUCGAUACCACUUCAGAUUGCAAGACCCACGACCUUCUUGGCUGCAACUGCGGCGGUCGCGCAGCGGACCCUGUCGUUGACGAGCCGACCGAGGCACCCGUCGAGGACCCCUCUCCCGCUCCCGCUCCCGCCCCGGCCUCGGACGCCUCCGCCUCAGACUCCGACGACGACCUCCCCCUCAACCCCUGCGACUCCCGCCGCCGUCGCCAACCCCGCCCAACCCUCAUCCCCGCCUCACAAUACGACUGGCAAGCUGAAGCCGCCCGCGAAGCCGCCUCAGCAGCCGAGCGUCGACGUCUGCAUGCCGCGGGUAACAUGGCGAGCCUGCUAGAAUACGAGCAUAUCGAUACGGCGGCGCUGAGGGAGCCGCUGGAUGUGUUUGGGGUUAAGAGGGAGGGGGUUGAGGAGGUGGAGGGGAGGGUUGGGGAUGAGGUGCUUUGUGGGGUGCUGGGGGAGGGGGGGAGGGGGGUGAGUUUUGUUUUUGUGAAGAGGAGUGGGGAGAAGGAUGAGUAG